AAAGUGUCGGCUUCGCGUCUGUAUGUGAAAAUGCCGAGCAACAUCGAGAUAAAGAGCCGAUUGACGGAUUUCGCAGCUUUCCACGCUCUCUUCGAGCAGCUUUUCGCUUCAAAGGUUUCGGAUCACAAGAUUCUGCAACACUGCGAUACUUACUUCAAAUGUGAAACCGGCCGCUUGAAAUUGAGGGAGAUCAUUCUGAACGACGAAUCCGCAGCCGAGCUCAUCUUCUAUUCUCGGAGCAACACGGCGGGACCUAAACUCAGCGACUUUGUGAAAUACGACUGUACUGGGACGAGUUCACAGCUGAAGGAGCUCCUCACACAAGCGAACGGCCUGAGGGGAGUCGUGAAUAAAACGCGUCAUCUCUACAUCGUUGGGCAGACUCGUGUACACAUCGACGAGGUCGAAGGACUCGGGAGUUUCAUGGAACUUGAAGUCAUGAUGAAAGACGGGCAGCCCAUUGAGGAAGGCACCGCGAUCGCUCAUGAAUUCAUGGAGAAAUUGAAACUGGCGCCCGGAUCGCUCAUCGAAGGCAGCUACAUCGAUCUCUUGGACCCGUCGAAAUGAGACGCAACGAAGCAUUUUGUCAAGCCCUCAUAGUUGCCCGCUAGCGUGGAAAUCCUGUCUGGGCCAAGACAGAGAGCUUCUUCCGUGUUUGAAGAAAAUAUCCCCCGCAUUUCAGUCGACUCUCGGGAGUGCGAAUAAUUCCGAAAUGUCAAUGCAGGAAC